UGUUCAACAUUUAGAGCAAAAUUGAGUAAAGAGGCUAGAUUACCCUCCAGGUCUGUCCAAUCCGAAGAUGACACUAACCAUAGAUUAAGACUAGACGGCUUUCCUGGUUUUUUCAUACGAUACAAGAGGUCUGAAAGUGGACAAAUCAAGCCAGCUCAUUCCUUUUUGUAACUACUGUGGGGAAAAAACCCCCCAAAAUACCAAAACUAAACUAGUUUAAACUUUUAUCUUAACAUUCAUUAAUCAUUCAGGGAACUAAGGGAGAAAACAAACAAAAAAAUUCGCCGCUGGUAUCUCUUGUGAUAUGUUAACCAACCCCUGGGAGGCUGACACUUAGCUCUGAGUGAAAGAGUAGUUAACAAAAGUCCGAAGGGGAGAGGGGACCUGGAUGUACUACGGGUAACACUGGCUUCCAGUACAAAGGUUACACAUUUUGAGUCUCGGUCAAAGCAUGAUCGUCUUACAAUUUAACGCAGAGCAGAUUUCUGAAGGCAGAAGUAGACAUAAUAUGACAAAACACACCUGGCACCGUACACACACGCACACCCCCACACACACUCGAGAUCAGAUUUUGGGAAGUCAGAGGACAGCUCAGCCAAGGCGAGACCACUGGAAGCAAAGCAGGUGGAGUGCCUGUUUCCUUGCAGCUCACAGUCAUUCCGUUCACCUGACCCCACAAUUUAUUUCUUGUAGUUUACCGAAACAUUCUUGUCUACUCCACUUACCUAAUCCGUGAGGGAAGCCGACACCUGAAACCCGAUCUUGCCUCAGUCAACUCCGCCUCCUCUGGAUCCGGGAGAUCAGACCCUGCCCACUCGAAAUCGCUCCUCCUCUCACGGAGAUCAAAAUGGCGCCCCGCGGGUCGCCACUUCCCACCUCUCACUUUCUUCCUGGAGUCAAAUUGUUAUCGCGAGACUUCGGUCUCCCUAUUAGCUGGGGCACGCAGCCCGCCCAUCCUUUUCUCUAGCGCGGUAAUGGAGGGAAACAACAUCACAUUUACUGAAUUUUGUAUGGUCAGAAAUCUGUUUAAAUCAAAGGACAAUUGACAACAAAUUUGAGAGGGGCUUGGAAAACACAUACCAGGAAUGGAUUCUAUCAACUAUGCAACGGCAUCUGACUCAGCUGUGGAAAUUGAGAAUCAAAGUGAUAACUCUUCCUCUGGUAGCAGCUUAUUUAAAACUCAGUGUGUUCCUAUCCCACCUAAAAGGAGGCAAAGAAACCCUAUUAGAAAAUUUGUUCACACACCUGAAAGUACUCAAGCAAGAGAUUCAUCUAGUGACUCAUCUAUAGAGCCAAGACCAUUGACUUUAAAAGCUAUUUUUGAAAGAUUCAAAAAAAAGAAACGUAAAAAGAGGAAAUACAAGCCAACGGGAAGAUCAAGGGGAAGACCAAAAGGAAGGAGAAACACUAGAAGCUCACAAAUAAAUAAGAAACAAUUUAAAGACAAAGGAUCUGGCUUCCCAUUUUUAGAAUCAGAAAAUGGAAGAAAACGAUUACCUUGGAGAAAAAUUUUAACCUUUGAGCAAGCAGUGGCAAGAGGAUUUUUUAACUACCUUGAAAAACUGAAGUAUGAAUACCAUCUCAAGGAAUCCUUGAAACAAAUGAACGUUGGUGAAGAUUUAGAAAAAGAAGACUUUGAUAGUCGUAGAUACAGAUACUUGGAUGAUGAUGGAUCUAUCUCUCCUAUUGAAGAGUCAGCAGCAGAGGAGGAGAUUGCAACAAAUCUUGAACAUGAUGAAUGUGAUAUUAAAUUGGUGGAGGAUAAUUAUUUCAUAAUAAGUUCUGAAAUACCAAAGAAGAAGAAUGUAUAUUUGGAACAAGAGGAAUAUACUGAAGAAGCUGCAUUGCCUAAAAAGAGAGCAUCAAAAUCCAAAAAACACGACAGAGGACAGAAUGGCCUGAAAAUAGAUAGGAUUAUGACUACCAGACAAGGAGUGAAUAUGAUUUGAACUUAAUACAUUUUUAGAGGAUGUCAAAUUCAGAACCAGGCAGCUCCAUCUCCUGACCCUAAACAUGGUCCUAAAGUAAAUCACUUGAGGAAAUUGGAUCCCAAAGAUUACAGGUAUGAUUUUAAUUUCAUUUUUUUCCCCUUGUAUUUAAUGAAAAAGACUAUGACGUUAAAAAGGCCAUUAGUUGUUUUACUAUUUACCAGUAAUGUAUGAUGUCAUGAUGAUGGCAAAAUGUUCAACUGCUCUGAAUGGGCUGAAUGAAAAUAGCCUUUCUGAACAUCCAUCUUACAUAAAGCUGUAUUUUAAAUGAAAGCUCUAAGAUAAAAGUUGCCUGAAACAUGCAUGUUUGGAAACAAUCAGCUAAAUUUAGGUGUGAAUGAAAAUGGAACCUAAUCAGUCCCAGUUGCCAUUACAAUCGUUUUCUGUAGGUGGGGAAUUUUGAAGUGUGUCCAUAUUUCAUUGGAGAUCAAAGAAGCUUAACUAAAAGAAUUGUGGUAAGUAAUUAUUUUUAUUUUACACCAAAUUAUUUGUCAGGCUUUAAUGGUCAUUACCAAGGCUUUUAGAAUGCAGUUUCUCAUUUGCUGUGGACAUGACCAUAAAAAAAGUUUCCCACUAGGUUUUAUUUCUGCUACUUUGUAGCAUUCAGCCUGUUGGGAACAUUUUAUUAUUAUUUAACUUGUAUUUUCAUUGCCUAGGUCAGCACUGUUCCAGUAUAAAUAGAACACAAGCCAUUUUUUUCUAAUUGGAUUUUACAAUACUGAUACAUGGGUAGUGACUAUUAUAUUGAACAAGUUGUGCCUAGAUUGCUGGAGUUCUUUGUUUAAUCCUGGGCUUUUAGUUUAUUACAUUACAGGUUGCCUGGUUACUAAAGGAGGGGAGGCUGGCUUACAUGAGCACCUCUGAAAAUGGACCCUUAUCUUUAUAUUUGUUAUACAGGGCUGACUCAUAUGAUAACUUCUUUUUGAAAGGUAUGUACACAUUAAAGAAAAUAAUUUUAUAGGUCAUUUCAAAGAGGGCUGAUGGGACCACAUCCAGGAGCUCUUUACGCUGUGACCAAAGACUGAGUUCUCCACUGGAUAUAAUAGUAACUUGAUAGUGCUAUGUUUUCCAGAUGGAGAUACAAGCCACUCAUACCCAUGAUUAGUGAUGUGGGAAAGUAAUUUAAGUAUCUUCCAACUUUAACCAGUGUCUACUCUCUUCUUUAGGGCUAUUUUAUGUUGAAGAUUUAUGAGUUUGGAGGAACUAAGGUGAUUGGCAGUGGAAAGAAUCAGAACGUGUGGAAUUCCUUAAAAAUUUAUUGACUUAAAUAACUUUGUGUUACACAUAAUAAAAAAAAAACCCUUUACACUUUGUGUGGAAAGUCAGCAUAUAUUUUUGGCUCGAAGUUUCUCUAAUGUUCUCUGUGGAGGGAAUAAUAACGUUUAUCAGUUGUAGUUCUGAUGUGCCUUAGACAUGAAAAAUUGGCAGGGGGGGGAGUGGCUGCUCACCUUAUGAAAUUCUUUUGCCCUUGCUCUGUUCUGGGCAUAUGCGUCUUGCUUUGCUUUCUCUUCCUUUUGCUUUUUCACUUCAGGUAACUGAUGGUAUAAUCUGCAAGAAAUUUAUGGAAUUAAAGACAGACACUUAAGCUAUGUGAAUUCAUAGAUCUUCAUAUAUCCACAUACAUACCUUAUAGCCCUUUGGUGCAUAUGGGCUUGUGCAGUCUUUCUGUCUUCAGGAAGAGACACUCUAACCUUGUUCACACCCUUUAGGUGACUGACAAAUGAACCUGAGCGGAGAACAAGUCAUUUAAUAUAUAUGUAAUGCCAGAUUCUCUUUGAAAACUGAUGUGGAGAGUAUACCUGUGGGUUUCUCCUUUACUAUUUUGGUUUGAGAACUUCCAGAGACACGAAUUUUAUUCCUUAUUUCUUUCUGUCUCUGUGAGGAUCUCUCCAUAAAUGCUUUUUUUCUUUUCAUAAAUGCUUCUUGUAAGCUCCCUGGAGUAGCUGUAAAGUUUGAAAGGGUUUCUGUUUAAAAAAAAAAAAAUCGAGGCUAUAUGUCAGCAAUAUACAAAUGUGUGGGGUUUCUGCUCAAGUAGGGGGAACCCCGCUGGCCCCUGGGCUCACUAAUCUGAUGCUCGGGGCAUACAUACCUGCACACACAGCUGGUUUCUCCACAGGAUGUUCUGAUGCAGCUGGACAAUCUGAGUUUUGUGUUUCUGACAGAAGAGGCAGAAAUUCACUCACCUAAUUGUGAGAAAGUCACAGACUUUACCACUUUACCUCACUGUACAGAUUCACAGCAAAGGUUCUAAACUUUACCCAUUCUAAACCCUAGGUCUUUUGGAACUGCCUUUCUAGAAAGUUCAAUUGUCAGCUUGUCUACUGUGAGCACAUUCAUACACGAUUCUAAUGUAAGAAAUGCCAUGUAGAAAGCUAAGUAAAACUAUCCUUUUCUAUUCCCUAAUCCUCAACUAUGGGUUGCUGUAUAAAAUGAGAGCUAUGAAAUUUACCUGAAAAGAGCUCUUUGCCUCAUUUUCUCUCUUUUCUUCUAGAGUUAAGUUUGCAAAAUCCAUUUCAGCAAUACUGAUAUCACUGUUGCUUAUCAAUGUAAGUUCUGGUUCUUCCAUUAUACCAUGGCCACAUUCUGUCUCCUGUACAGUAAAGUUAAAAGGGAAACAGUAUUCAAAAAUCAUACCCUCAAAAACACUCAGAAUGUGAAAAAUAUGUACAUUAUGGAAGAAGAAGAACAGGUUCUUCAACUAAGGAUAAUGGAGAAGACAAACUACUCCGUGGGUUACAGAGCCAAGUGCCUGCUGACUGGGGGCUGUGCAGAACAGUGUGUGUAUCCCCUACCUAUCUGAAUGGACCACCAGGGGAGUCCCUAGACCACACUUUAUUAAGGAAAAACCCUUUCAAUACUGAACAAGAAUUUACAAAAAAAAAAAAUCCAAAAGCUGCCAAGUCAGUCAGCUUAUUUUUUGCUUAUCUGUGGAGGGACAAACAGUACUAGAAGGUAAGCUGAAACCAAGUAGAUUAAUCCAGUGCAGCACAGUGAAGUUCAACACUAUGUGCUGAAGCAUAGGCUGAGCCGCCAUUUUUCAGGAAAGCUGGAGAAAAGAAAUGCGAACUGGGAAGAUCUGUAAAAUUCAGAGGAAGGUCAAAUUUUAAAAAUCUGCUUUCUUAUUUCAUUGGAGAUUUCUAAUGAUUAUGAGAUUGACUAUAUCUCAUAUAGUAGCUCUGUUGCAUCUCUUGCAAUUUUGUUUAAAAAGUCUGAAAAUGAAACCAAAAAUUACAUACAACACAGAUUUCACUUACCCAGAUUGGAAUAGAGUUCUGUAGUGAAAAGGAUCCAGAGCUUACAAAGAGCGCUGACUGUGCUUGUUGAGUUUGGUUUCCUAUGAUUGUUGGAGUUUCUGCAGUAGUUGAAUCCUCAAGACAUUUUUCAUUCUGAACAGUGACUGAAUGUGGUGUCUGAAUUGAAGUUCUUACGCAUAAUUGUGGAUUUAUAUUUAAAA